ACGUGAACGGUCACACUUAAAAAGCCGCUAUUAUACCCAAAAUUGUUUUUCUCCGACUGACUGUAAAAACACUUUUGAAGCAUGGCAAAACAUCAUCCGGAUUUGAUUUUCUGUCGCAAGCAACCAGGAGUUGCCAUUGGACGCCUGUGCGAGAAAGACGAUGGAAAGUGCGUGAUCUGCGACUCCUACGUACGGCCCUGCACCCUCGUCCGGAUCUGCGACGAGUGCAACUACGGAUCCUACCAGGGAAGGUGCGUCAUCUGCGGCGGUCCCGGGGUUUCCGAUGCCUACUACUGCAAGUCGUGCACGAUUCAGGAAAAGGACCGCGAUGGAUGCCCCAAGAUCGUGAAUCUGGGCAGCUCCAAGACUGACCUGUUCUACGAACGCAAGAAAUAUGGCUUCAAACAGAACUACUGAUGCACUCUCCACUACCUCAUACAUUUCUAAUAAAUUUUUUAUUGUAGUUUAAUACAUAAACAAGGUUUUGAUAAAUGAA